UUGCCAUAUUCAGAGUGUCCGGCGCAGUUUCUCCUAACCUCACUAAAUAAACGUUUAGACAUGCCGACAACAAAAAUGUGUUUUGUGAAAUUUGUACAUAUUUAGGCUAUUAGUGUAAUUUUUUUAAGCGAUGGAAAAAAUAGAAGGGAAAUUCUUCCCUCUGGGUAGCAUAAUGCCGCCCACUCAUUCGGCUGAUACUCACAUUCUGGCCAAAACUAUUGCCAGUACGGACUCCCUGGUGCGGAGGUUGCGUCAGGAGCAAGAGGAGGGUUCGAAGCAGAAGAGUAUGAUUGAGACAAUGCGGAAAACGAGUAUGAAAAUCCAUAAGAUGUAUAUGAAGGAGAAGGAGAAGAAUGAGAGGAAUGAGGAGGUGAAUAGGGGACUCAGGGAGGAAAUUGAGGGGCUUAAGAGGCAGAUUGAGGCCCAAAAUAACGAAAUGAUCAAUUUGGACUGUGUCCAUCGGCAAACUCUGGCGGAAAUUCAGGAGUCUGCCGGGAAGGUGACGAAGAGUCAGCAGAAGGUCUUCAUUCAGCUUGUCCGUGAGUAUCUGGGGAGUGUUGGGAAGUUGGAGGAGAAUGAUUUGCUGCCGGAGAAGGGUUUAGUUCAUGUGAGGACGAUUAAAGGGAAGUUGGGGAAAUUUCCUUGGCUGAAGGAGGUUUUGAGGGAGUUCCAGAGUCCGGAGAAGAAGGUGAAGAGGGGUAGGAAGAAGAGGGUGGAUAGGGAGGUAUCAGUGGAAUCAUCGAGUGACACGGAUAUGGGAGAGAUUGGAAGUGCUAUUGAGUCAUUUGUGGAAGGAGCUCUUGAGAGUUUCGAUAGUGCGAUUGAAUUGGAAGUUUCUGAGCCUGUUUCUCAGAAGAUCUUCUGUGAUAAGGGUACAAUGACAACGAGUAUUACGGUUACGAGGGGUACCAAUACGGAAGAUGUUAGGCAAACUGCUGAUGCAUCAACCCUUUUUCCCGAAUUCAAUCCAAUGUCGUAUGAGGAAAUCUUCCAGGAGAUGAUUGUGGAUGUUCCGGAGAUGAUUGGGACGAUACCAAAUGUGAUUUUGAGGGAUGUGGGGGUGGAGUGUGAUCUUGGAGGGAAGGAAAUGGUAAAUGCUGAGACCCUAACGGAUCUCUGCAAUAUCCGGAAGGGAAUUGGGUACAGGAAACGGAAAUCUCUUGGCCAGUCUGCAAGUGUCAAGCUUGAGCAUUUGAAAAUUGAACCAACAUCUCCUAGACCUGACGAACUUCCGAUCCUCCAUCCACAAUUCGACAGGCUUUGGUCAAUCAUGGGACAAACCCUAUUUGCUCUGCUCCGGAAUUCCUGCGACAUUGGGCAAAAUCAAUUUUUCCAAGAGCGGGAAAAUGUAGUAAAGGCCAUUUUCAUGGAGGAAAUGCAAAGGAGGGAAAAUUCCCUGAACGAUUUUACGCAGUAUUCCUUGCCAGUACUCGCGCAGAAGGGUUCAGAGAAGACUCUGAUUGUUCCGGAAGCUCCGGAACUUGAUGAUUCGAAUACGGUUGAGCUUGAAAAGCCGCCCAAGGUUCAGAGAAAAACAGUUCCAACAAAGAGAAAGAGGAGCAAUGUAAUUGUAAAGUCUCUGAAGAAAAUCAAGCUCCAGAGGCAGAAAAGGGCAGAAGAGAAUCCCCAAGAUGACUUAGAUUCACUCGAGGACUUUGAUCUCGAGAAGAUUCGGGAAUUUUAUGCACUGCCUGAGCUUCUGGAGGAGAUUCCUGAACUUCCGGAAGGAUUCGGAUUUCCGAAUUGUGAUAAAGGGAAGAAACGGGAAGCUGGGAAACAAAUAAUCCCAUCAACUGCUAUUCCGGAACCCCUUGGGGCGAUUCCAGAGGUUCCGGAAGACAUUGCAGCUCCAACUUGUACCGUGGAGAGCCUGGAAGCUGUUCCGGAGCCUCCGGCACCAUCAACCAAAGCAACAAUAAUGAAUUUUGUUCGGCGGCAAAAGCUCAAGAGGUUACAGAAGCCCGAUCAGGGAAUUCUGAACAAAUGUCGAGUAAUUGUGCGGGAAUACUUACAGGUGGAGUGGGUGUCGGCUGAAUUAGCGAGAUAUGUGCAGAAAUUGGCGGUCCUGAGGCCGGAAGAGAACGUGAUUUUUGAGGUUAUGUCGGAAAUUGUUGAAGAAACAAAAGAUGAAUUGGUAUUCAAUCCAUUUGGGAGCAUGGCUCCCUUGAUCCCGCGAACACAUCAGCAAAUCAUCAUUUUUUGUCACAAUCUGUCACCGGAGUAUCCAUCAGGAUUCCUCCGGAGACUCCGUCAUGCCCUAGAAAGGAGAAUGUUUACGUUGAAAGCUGAGAAGAAGAGCCUGAAAAAUCUCACAAAUUUAACUUACUUGCUGAUAGCUCUGAUGGAUUUGGAGUUUGGGGAGAGGCAUGGGAAACUUCCAGUCCAUCUGUUUAUCUUCAAGUGCCUCUAUUACUUCAAUCACAAAGCCCCACCAUUGAUCCUUAUGAUCCUAAAAGCCUUUCCGGACACUUUUCCUGAAGGUCCGGAUGAGAACUUCGAAAAAACAGAUACACUCCUUCUGGCCCUGAGAUGUUCUCUUGCUAAUCUACCUCCAUUGUCAAAUGCAGAAACCGAAAAUCCGGAAUACAAGAAGAAGGAACUCUUCCAACUUCUCCUGUACAAAUACAAAUACCAUCCCGGAAAGCCAUCUCCGGAUGAAACAACAAAUAUUUUAAUGACACGCCUAAAUCGAGGGAAUUGCCACAAUAUCUCCCAUGCCUUUACUCUCCUGGCCAAGAGGAUGGGAGUAUCAUGGGCAAGGCCUUUUAUCCACGACAAACUCAUCCCGCGGCUCAAUGAUCUCCUCCUCGAAAGCGUUCAAGAGAUGCGCAAUCAUCAAAUAGUCACACUAAUCAACGCCAUCUCGUGCAUUGUCAAGGCUUUUCCCAACAAGGAGGACACUGCAGAGUAUCACAGGAUUUUUGGAUGCAUCCUGGAGAGCACGGAGGGACAGCAUAAUGUGCAGGAAGCAGCUGUGGCGGCUUUCCUGCGUCUCGCCCGAUUCGGCAUGGUCAAUGUCUUCAGUCAGAUCUAUCAGUGGAAAGCCAGGAUGCCCAUCAGCAGAGAUCUACAAGCAGCCCUCAAUACCUUUGUCCACCGGAAGCCCAAAAAGUUUUGGAUAACGCUCGAGAGGCAGAUUAAAUAAUUUGGAGGAAAUACACGAGAUUUUAUUUAAU